UUUGCGAUCACCAUUACUUCAUUGCCAUUGCCAUGUGCUUUUUUUGUUGUUAAUUAAUACCAUUUCUUUACAUGUUGACUCAUGUUCACUGGGACUCACUGUAGGAAAUGAGUGGUUCCAAGAGAAGUGGUGCCACUAUAAAUAGGAAAGGUCACCUCCACGCUGGUGAUCUCAUUGCUUUAGGAUCGAAAUCUGGAGGUUCAAAGUCCACCCUCAGACACCCGGACCGAGAUGACUUGAAACCGUCCAAGACAACGCCCUCCUCUGGUCCGUCAGCCUCCAGCGUACCUCCUCCAAAAAAGUUCAAAGGGACAACUUCGGAAAGUUCGGGGGGUGGGGGAUUGUUUUCCGAUCCAAUUCGAGUCUCGCAAGUGGGCUCAAGCCAACCCUCGAAAACUGGCCCUGGAGCUAUUAGCAAGACAUUACAAGGGAGUUCCCCCUCCUUGAGUGGGGGUGGGGCACCUUAUAUCGAAGUGCGACCAGGAGAGCUGCUCCCGGCAGUCAAGGAGGCUAUGACCUCUGGCAAUAGCUCCAAAGCCACCAAAUUCCUAGCCGGCUCCCUCAGGCAACUGAAACUAUCUCGGCUCAAACCAGACUCAACCCUCAAUGCAUCCCUCACGACAAUCUCUAAAGAUUUCCCGGAAAUAUUUUCCUCACCCGCUAUUAUAGAGGGACUCGUGGCUGUGCUAAAGAGAGAGACCUCCGUCAUCUUCAAGGCCAAGAGCAAUCCCUCGGUGUACAUUUUGGUAGCUCAACUGUUGCUAGUAGCCCUCAGGGACUCGUCUGACUGGCCAGAAUCUGUUGUUAAGGUGUAUGUGGAGGAUUCCCUUGGCGACCGUGUGUGGGUAGACCUUGAACCCUGCAAGAGCUUAGUGAACAACAUCUGUACUCUUUUCCAAACACGGCCGACUACCACACCCAGUGUGCCCACGAGCAAGAGUGAGGGUGUGAAGAGUGUGAGUGGUGAGGGUGUGAAGAGUGAGGGUGGUGAGGAGGGUGGAGGUGUGGAAGAAGUGGAGAGUGAAAGACAGUCCUCAGUAGACGUUGAAGUCAAAUCAAGAUUCUCCCCUGUCACGUGUCGUACGCUGGGUACUCAUGUGACCCAGCUGGUCAGUGAACAGCUGACUCGACACAACAUGCCAGCUGACAAUGUCUCUCGUAACCUGCUACGAUUCCUCAUCACAGCUGUUGGGUUCCCGGAGCUCCGCCUACUAGUGGCACAGAAGAUUGACCAUUGGAUCCAAAAUCCCAAGCUAGUGAAGUUGUGCUAUGAGCUCCUGAUGACGGUGGCCAUCAACUGCCACCAGCACUCUCCAGAGGACCUCAACGUUAUCGACGCCCUCCUCAAUAUCCGUCUCAAGACUAAAUCAACUCAAUUCGUGGCUUGUAUGAAGGAGCUUAUAGGGAGUCACCCUGGGAACCUAGCAACAGUGCUGAAGGGUGUGGUCAACAAUGAGCUGGGUCAGUUCCGCACUCCCAGUAACAUGGCACUCAUCUCCAUGAUGAUACACAGCUGGCCGGAGGAGGCAGCAAAGCUGUUAGGGACUGUGUUCCAGGAGUUCCUCACUCGUAAAGAGGACUACCUGCGAGCCCUGAGGGGGUUUCUGAGGGAGGUGGUUCGAGUCGUUCGCAACGAGUUCAACUUUGUAGUGUUUUCCCGAGCCCUCAUGCAGGAGAGGAACGAGCAAGAGUUCUCCCUGCUGGAGCAGACGCACAAGGAAAGAGUCGCCCUCUCCAUAUCCGACCUCAUAACCUGCUCGAGCAUGCUCACUGCCAACAUGCUUAUUCGAGAGGCCUACAACGGCUACUCUAAGGGGGAGAAAGCCAUGGUAACACAGUUGCAGGAAUUUUUUAACUCUCUUGGUCUGAUCCAGCGCGAUGGGGUGUGGUGGAUGCAUACCAUUGUCCCGAACAUGUACCGCCCCCAACCAGUGGACUAUAAGACUUGUCUCAAGAAGGUACUUUUCUUGGAGUCAGCCGAUGCUUAUUCUAACAAGGACAACUGGCCACCUGAAGCAGAUCGAAAUCUGAUCCACCACCUGAUGACAGAGGCCUCGCUGAAGGAGGACACUCUGAUGAGAGUGCUGGUGAUAGGACUCACCAGAGAACUGCCUCUAGCGCCUGCAGAUGCCAUGGAUAUUGCCGACAAGCUGGUUGCCAGGGCAGCCAACGCACACACUGAAGAUAUACCGCGGCUACCCUACAUAGAGAGAAAGGAACUGUACAGUGCCAUAUUUGACAUCAGUGCGUACAGACCUCCAGCGAACAUACAGCUGCCUGACAACUACCAGCCCCCCUCACUGGCCAUAUCCAAGCUCUACUGGAAGGGGUGGAUUCUGCUACUUGUGUUGGCCGCCUUCAACCCCAAGACCAUCGGAGCCAUCGGUUGGAACGAGCAUCCCAUGCUUAGAAGCCUGAUGGAAAUGGUGAUGACCAAUACGUACACAUUUCCCACGUCCAUGAGUCUCUCGGAGGGGGAGGGGGGCGUGGCAGAGUCACGGGAGAACGUCCUCAUUAAAGAGGCCCAGGUGUUGAAGAGAGAGAAAGAGGGCAUCUUGGAGUACGAGAAUCACCUUGCAUCUUCUUCAGCGGGUGCUGCCACCAUUACCGAGGGCAACAGUUAUCUAUUGAAUCAGCUCACACAGCUCAGUCCAAAAGGACCCGCUCGCCGCAUACCCCCGCCAGUCAUCGAGCUCAUAAAGACGGUAAACCGCACCCUCCGUCUCGGCAACACCCUCUGCCUCUCACGCUCACCCGACUUCCUGUUGGACAUAAUAAGAAGACAGGGAACAAUGGAGUCCAUGAAAUGGCUGACUGAUCUUGUGGAGGGCAGCCAUAGUUCCCUUGAGGUGCUGCCUGUGCCGUGUCUCUGUGAGUUUCUGAUGGCCGGAUACCAGGACAAGAGCGGAGGAGGGGGUGGGCUGGACUCGGGAGAAUCUGAUUCGCUGUCUCAUCGUACGCAUUACAAGAGGAAGAAAUCGGCCAAAGAUAAGGUGGAAGGCAGACAUCGAAAGCUCAUAGUGCAACUGAAGAGUGUCCUCACUAGCAAUGUCUCCUCUAGUGAAGAGUGCUCUGGAGUGUUGGAGUAUUUCCUGGACAAACUGACCCAGUCUCACAUCACCCCAAGAAAGUUGGCAUUGAAGGCGCUUCGUGACAUUCUAGCUGGCAGCCAUGGUGGUUCAGUGAGCAGGUCGGGAAGUCAAUCCGAAGACACUGAAGAUGAAGAUCGGUCCUCCUUCCCGGCGGAGAAUAUGGAACAAGAAGACUGGCUCACAGAGAGCCUGCCGAACCUCACUCACUUCACCACCAUUUUACCUCGUAUCUACCCCCUAAUUUUGAGGGCAUGUCUCGUGGAAACCAAUCUAAAAGCCCUCCAGGGGUACAUAAAUUUCCUCACUCAGUACCCCCCUCACGAGAAACUGUACCAGUCUGCGGUCGAGAUGUCACGAGUUAUGGUUGACCGAUUUCCUACAGUUCGUAAACUCUUUGCCGAUGGAGAUUCGAUUGACAGUUUGUCCACAUUCAGAUCAGUACUGGGCAUGCUCAGACAUGCCUUUGAAGAAGCUCUUGAGUCGCAAACAUCACCUGAACUAUCCGGAAGCAGUGAUUUCUUGCUCAUCAAUUUCCCAAACGUUGGUAGGAAAGGAAUCAUCCAUUUGGCUCUAGUUGAAGCAAUUUUCCUCUUUAUUUCCUGCAAAAUCGCCCAAAGAAGCAACCCAGCCGAUUUCAAGUACUUCACUGAAUUGUGGUUUCCGUCGAACAAUAUAAAGAACCCUGAGGCCUUUACCGUAGAGACUAAAGAACCUGUACCUCUUCCUCCAGUGUCUGUAUUGCCACAAAUGCUCUUCUCAACCGAGUCAAAGGUUUUGGACGCCGUUAUUAGCCUCGCUACUCCUUUGCAACUUUGUUCAUUUAUACAGCAGUUUGGUUGUCGUAGUGAGAGUGUUGAAAAAUCCCUGAGGAGAUUGGACGAGUGUUGUGCUGACAGAGAAACAGCUGUUACUUUGCGAAGGUCUAUAAACGAUCCUAUACAAGUUGCCAACUCUAUCGAGGUGCAUUUUUUGAGAGGAAUCGAAGCUGGAAAAGCAUUCCACACGUACCUACAAGGACUCUCCGAUAUUCCUCCAACUGACUUACCAUCGAAUGUUACCGCCAUUUUAGAAGCUGACGAUGAGAAAUCUGUUCCCUCUAAAAUCUCCAAGGAGGAAGAACCCUUACCUUUGUAUACAAGUGUGGUCGAGCUUGGAAAGAUUUCAGCCGAGAAGAUGGAGCAAUACCUUUUGAACAUCUUUACUCCAACUCUGUCACAAACAGACUUAGCAGCGGAGGAUAUCCAACAAGAAAUUGAAACGGGGCUCAAGAAGCUCAUCUUCGCUACACGUAAACUGACUUCUAGCGAGCUCCAGGCAUCCAAAGAUUCUAUUAAUGCCGAGAUCAGCACUCUUGUUACUGCCCUACACAAACUACUGACAGGGGGUGGUGUUCGGAGACAAUUUCUCGAGGGGAUGAUAAAAAAUCAAUUCUCGCUCAGUCUCCUUCGAAUGCUCACAAAACUGUACACUCUGACGCAAUUAGAAGAUCUAUUUCAGUCAAUAAUCAAACAAAUCAUGAAUUUGCUCGAGUCGAAACGAAUGUCAAGUAUAUCUGGCCUGAGUGUAUUCCGCAGUGUAGUGUUGGGAUGUGCAGAGCAGCUGGGCAUUACAAGAGACACACCUGACGAUCCUCUACCGUUCUCUGAUCUCACUAGUACGGUAAAGAACGCAUGCGUUGAAGUUAAGGCCUCAGUUGACCCGUUUGAAAAGGAGGAAGCACUCGUGAAAAUGGCUAGCGAUGUCGUUCAGAGUGGAUGCUUUGCUCUUGUGGAAGACAUCUUAAGCACGGUUGCAAAGAGAGCUAUUGCGCUUGGAAUGGAGACGAGAUGUAUAUCCUUUCUACAGAAGAUAAAAAUAGCUACUUCUACCGUACAAGCUCCUCUCAUCCUGCAAUGCUUUCCGGGACUGCUAUCAAAGAAAGGAUAUGAGUGUGAGAAAGAUGACCUUAAUAUUAUGGAAGUGAAUGAACAGAGCAUGAAUAUGGUUGUCAUUGGAGAUCUGUCUGGGCUUUUUGUUGAUUGGCUGGAGAUUUUGGACCCACAGAUUGUGCACUUAUCUCCCGACGUUUCAAUGGAGAUGGCGUUUGGUAAUGACCAUGGAAAUAAAGCCGUGACCACCCCCUCCACAUCUGCUGAGUCAGCAGUCACCUUCCCCCCUUCCCAGCUCUUGUCCGGCCAGGGCUACCUGUUAGCUAGACUAACACAUGACACGUCGUGGCCCAUUCUAUUGGACACGCUAACUAAGCUACUGGACUCAAAGCAAGCAAGACAAUGGUUAACCCCAUCAGCUGUACUGGACUUUGUAUGGGCGUGUCUACAUAAGCCGUCCCUCUGGCAGGAAAGGGUUAAAAAAGAAGCAAUCGUCAGCAGUAGCUUCAGUUUUGGUAUCAACAAAGAUUGUCACCUUAUUUUAACCCAUUCCCAACUGGAGUGUCUUGUGGGUUACAUACUAAAAGAGGCAGCUGGAUAUAUUGCAGAUAUCAAGGGGUUAACAACUCUUACUGUACGAGAGGAAAGUGAAUUAUCGAUUGAAGCUAAAGAGGUGAUCUAUGCACGUCUACCAUUAUUGAUGACGUGUUGCCACGACAACGUUUCGUCCCUGCGGAUAGUAGUCAAACAUCUACAAUCCAACACCAGCUUCCCCUCCUUGAGUUGGCAGCUGCUUGUACAGUUGUACCAUGCCGACGAGAGAGUCAUGUUUGUGGUGAAUGAGCCGGCCACCCUCUCAGUGGCCGCCCUGGACUCCAACCUACCGUCCAAGUUGGACACAGAGCUCCACAACCUCCUAUCAGCCAUGGCUAGCGCUAGUCCUGGCUCUGAUAGCCGUGACAAAAUGGCGUCUGCUGCCCUCCUUUGUCGUAAGAUAGCUAUUCUUCACCCUGCCCUGAUGUUGAGACAGCUGCCAAUGAUGGGAUGGUUGCUACGAGGCAGGGCUCACCUGACAAUAGGAGAGUUCCGGAACCAAAAUCACAAGAAAGUGUUUGUUAAUAUCUUCUCAAUAUUGGAGCAGCUACAACCCCUAAUCUUCAAAAACUCUCAGGCUGAUGCAUUGAACUCGUGUUUGGAAGCUAACUUUGAGUUCUUAAAGAAUCAAUGUAUGGAGAAUAAGAAGCACCAAUCGUUUGUGAACAGUUUUGCCAACUUUCUGGUCAGCUAUGCACAAAACAACAGAGCAAAGGUCGCCCCCCUUCUCUAUGACAACAUGGACACACUGAGAUCUCUCAGCGAAAUUUACUCAAACAAGAAAUCCAAUCUGAAAUCGUUAGUCGAGUGCUUCCCUGUGCCAAUUGAGGGGGUUGCUAUUACAAAAUCCUCCCCUGCCCCCCUGACGUACACCAUGAUACCCCCAGUGGACGGUGGGCACGGUUUGACUCACGAGCAGGUCAUGCCAUUUCUGAAGAAGCUUGAAAGUGGACAGCAAAGAGAAGAUAUUCUGAAGGUGCUACAUGACUUGGAGGAAACAUCACAUCAUUCAGUCGACAUCCUAAAACAUUUUGUGCCGGAGCUGUGUAGAAUCAUUCAAGACCCUGAGCUAGCUACAUCUAAAGUUGCUCACAACUUACUACUAAGACACUUUAAAAAAUCCCCAAGCUCUGUGGGAGAUCUGUUACCGUCAUUUAUCAGCUGCUUGGAGUCACAUGAUCCAAGAGUAGUGACAGCCGCCAUUGGGAGCAUCAAAGAUCUGGUUCUCUUAUGCAAAGCUGAAGAUGCACAGAUUUUGCUGAGUCUGCUGUUUCAACUGUGUGUUCGUCCCACCCUCUCCUGUACUAGUGAACUUAUGAAGGCAGUAGAAGCUUGUACCUCACAUACUUUUAAGUAGCUCAUUAAUGAUUAUCGUUUUAUUGUAUUUCCCAUGGCCCUAUAACUCACACCUCACACAGUUUUGUAUUUAAGAAUUUUGUGACAAA